AUGUCAGAUGUUCCAUCUAACGAAGAGUUCACACCAGGAAAAGGGUACAGGAGGUAUGACAUACAUGAGGGCAUCAUCUUUUGCAUUGAACUCUCUAAUGGAAUGUUUGACGAAUUGCCAGAAUUGAACUAUAAGAUCCAAUUGAUUGAGAUUCUCGAAACUUUGGACCAAUUGAUGAGUCAACUUGUUAUCACCAGACCAAGUACAGGAAUUGGCUGUUACUUCUUUAAUUGUAAUAGAUCCGAUGCAAAAGAUGGAAUAUAUCCUUUUCUGCCCUUGAAAGACGUAAACGCUCAAACCAUGAAGAAACUUAGCGAUUUACUGGAAGAUUUACAAUAUGAACGAACCACACUUCGGCAAUUUCUUCCUUAUGAUGCCUCGAAACAUACUCCGUUGGAAUCUCUCCUAGAGUUAGUUCGAGAAGAGUUUGUAAAAGAUGUUCCAGACCAAAAGGCGUUUAAUAACAAAAAGAUUUUUUAUUUCACCGACAAUGAUUCACCACCAGAAGCUUCAGAUAUUGAUGCCAAAUCAAGACUACGACAUCUUGUGAACGAUCUUGAUGAUAGGUUCAUCAACUUCACAACCUUUUUCAUCGGUAAGCCCGGCCUUCCCUUUGAUGAGGGAUUCUACUCAGAUAUCCUGCGACUAGGGGCUACCACUAAGGCAAGUGAUGAAUUUGAUGGACCUAAUACAACACCCAUUUCGGCAGCAUAUAUAAAAUCAAGGGUGCUCAGAAAACAAGAGAUUAAGAGGAUAAUGUUCCAAUGUCCACUUAUUUUGGAAGAAAAAUCGAAGUUCAUUGUAGGUGUAAAGGGUUACACGAUCAUCAGUCAUGAAAAACCAGGCGUACGGUAUAAACUAGUCUAUGAAAACGAAGAUAUCAGACAAGAGGCGUUUUCACGUAGAAAGUACCUCAAUGCGAAGACGGGAGAAGAGAUAAAGGACGGUUUAACAAAAGUAUACCCUUACGGCGACCUAGAUAUCGAGCUGUCAGAAAGCGAUAUUGCAGAAAUUAGAAAUGAUUAUGCCGGAGAAGAAUCCUUUCUUAAGGUGAUAGGAUUCCAAUCAACCGAGACUUGUCUGCAUUAUUACAAUAACAUUGAAAAAGCAACUUUUGUUGUUCCUGAUGAGGGACGAUACGAGGGCUCGAUAAGAACAUUAUCUUCCCUGUUCAAAAACUUGAGACAGAAGAAUAAAGUCGCGAUAGUAUGGGGUAAGCUUAAAUCAAAUUCGAAUCCAGCCAUAUUUUUUUUUGUUCCAUCUGACGAAGCCAGUCCUAAUGAAGGCUUUUAUCUGUACAGAGUUCCAUUCCUAGAUGAGUUGAGAAGAAUUCCACCCAUGCUCAUAAGUCAUGGUGAAAUUCAAGAUGACGACUACGAGAAUUUGAAAGAGGCUACAAAAAAAUUAAUCAAUCAUUUCAAUCUGAAAAAUGGAUUCGAACCUUCUGAGUUUAAGAAUCCAGGCCUACAGAAGCAUUUCAAGAUUUUGCAUGACUACUUACUACAAAUUGAAGAAGAGCCUGAGAAAGAUGAUGUUGAGUGGCAAAGAUCAAAACUUUUAGAAGAGGAUGAUUCAUUGAGGCGGAUUUCACAAAUUCGAGACAAGAUAGACGAAUCGGCCAAUUCUAAAGAUCCGAAUAAGCAAAAACUCAGUAAAUACUUGGCUAUCUGGAAUAGUCUCUACGACAAAAUUUUUGACCAGGAGACUGCAAUUGCAGAUGCUCCAAAGACGAAAAAAAAAGGGUUAUAA